UCGCCAAGAUGAGCUACGGGUCUGACUUCAGUACCGCUUCUUCCUACCGGAAAAUUUUCGGGGAGGGUCCCCGUUAUUCCAGCUCUCCAUCCAGGAUGAGCAAUAUCACCUCACGCAGCAGUGGUUACCGGUCCCAAUCUCAAUCCCGGACCCCGUUGCCCUCUUUUCAACAGAAGAGAUCUUAUGGCCGGUCCUACUCGCAGAUGCCAAUGCCGAUGGAGAACUUGGAUUUCGCCCAGAGCACCGUGCUGAACAAUGAGUUCAAAAUCAUCCGCACCAACGAGAAGGAGCAGAUGAUGGGGCUCAAUGACCGCUUUGCUAUGUUCAUCGAAAAGGUGCGCAACUUGGAACAGCACAACAAGGUGCUCGAGACCGAGCUGAUGACCCUGCGUCAGCGGCAGACCGAGCCCUCACGUUUGGCAGACCUGUAUCAACAAGAGAUCCGCGAGCUGCGCUCCCAGCUCGACGAGGUGAGCGGCGAGAAAUCCCAGAUUCUCGUUGAGCGGGACAACAUCGAGGAGGACUUGCAGAAACUCCGAGGCAAAUACGAGGACGAGUACCGCUUGCGCGAGGAAGCCGAGCAGACCCUUAAGGCGUUCAAGAAGGACGUGGAUGACGCCACCAUGGUGCGUCUGGAUCUGGAGAAGAAAGUUGAAUCCCUUCUUGACGAGAUAAACUUCCUAAGGAAGGUGCACGAGGAGGAAGUGGCCGAACUCAUGAAUAUGAUACAAGCCGCCCAGGUGUCCGUGGAGAUGGAGGUCUCCAAACCCGAUCUCACCUCUGCUCUGAAGGAGAUUCGAGGCCAAUACGAGUCCAUGGCUUCCAAGAACCUCCAGUCCGCGGAGGAGUGGUACAAGUCGAAAUUUGUCGACUUGAACGAGCAGGCCAAUCGUAGCCAGGAGGCGAUUCGUGCCUCCCGGGAAGAACUCAACGAAUUCAGGAGGCAGUUACAGUCCAAGACCAUCGAAAUCGAGAGCCUGAAGGGAACCAACGAGUCCCUAGAAAGGCAACUCAACGAGAUGGAAGAGAGGCACAACCAGGAGAUUGGCCAGUACCAGGACAACAUGGCCGAGUUGGACAAUGACCUUAGAACCACCAAGAGUGAGAUGGCUCGGCACCUGAGGGAGUACCAGGACCUGCUGAACGUCAAGAUGGCGCUAGAUAUUGAAAUUGCUGCAUACAGGAAACUCCUGGAAGGCGAGGAGACCCGAAUCAGCACAGGUAUCACAUACUCCAGCCCCAGCUUCAACAUCGGCUCCUCCGGCAUGCGCUCCUCCGAGGUGAGGUCUUAUGGCAUGCGCUCCUCCGAGAUGAGGUCCUACGUGAAGACCUCCGACAUGAGCUCCGAGGGAGAUAACCUCCCCCUGCCCAGUGUUGGCGGCUACAACCAGGUCUCUCGCUCUAAGAAGGACCAGGGCAAGGACCAGGAGGAUGGGCCGGGCAAGUCUGGCAAAGGCUCCAGCGAAGCAGACCAGAAGGAGUCCAGCGACACCAACUCCACCAACCAGAAAAACUAACCUCUCUUUUUCCAUUUAGCUUUAACCCUCCACCUUUCCUUCCCCUUCCAUCCUAUUCUCAGAGAGGAAUAUGUUCUAGUUUAGACUCUGCUGUUAAUCGUAUAACGGGCCACUAUCCAAUCACUGUACCUCUCUCUGUUCUCUCGCACUUUGACAAUAACAAACAAGUAGCUACGGACACACUUCUGGCACUAUCAGCAGACACAACAUUCUGUAAUAGGACCAUACAAGUCAGUACAAUACUCUAAAAGUUUACACUACCUUGGGGCUCGUGCUACUGUAUUGUGCUAGCCUAGUUAAACCUGUGUGAAUGUUGCACUAAAUAGAAAUAACGGUGAAACCUAGCAACAGUCAGUUUGCAUUCUAUGCUAGUAAGCACUGAGCUGUGAUAGUUCAGAAAUAAUAUGUGCACUAAUGCCACCGGCUAUACAAUUCGUUAUACACAUUCCAAGAGGCGCAUGUUUGUGUGUGUGUGCAGGUGUGCAUUUGUGUAUGGCAACGGACGUCCAGAACAUAUCAGCUUGUUAAAUGUUGGUGAUAUCUUUACUACAUUCACAUACUUCAAUACGAGUGAAAGUGCUUCUGAAGCACAGAAAGCAGAACGAUCGAUGAAUCCAGCUGUUAGACGCUACACACUCUUAUUUAAUGUCAUCAGAAUAAAAAAACAGGGAUCGGGGAUCGUGCUGAGCCAUUUUGACAUUUUAAAACCCAUAGAAGCACCCCUAGUAAGACAGCUAGUAAGAGAUAAUAAGAGUACUGGAGCAUAUCUAAAAGGCUUGUUAACACAUUAACUGGUCUUGUCAUUGUCAAUCACCUCUGCCUUAAUAUCCAGGUUCACCCAAUUCUGCAUUACAAUAGCGCGUAACGGGCAAAUGUUGCCUCCUUAUACAUCAAGACCAACAAUGGUCCGAUCAAAGUUCCUCUUCAUCACCUCUUUCGAUGUCAAAUAUAUAUAUAUUUUUUUUUAUAACUUAGAGCGAGUACAAAAGCUUAACUAGCUAAUAGUCAAACUGUUCAUACACCGCAUGAUGUAUGUAGAAUCUCUCAUGCUUGCAUGAUCACAGAUUGGCAGAGGGUCAUUUUCACAUACAUACCGUUCAGAAUUUCAUUAACUGGGGUACGUUCCAAUGUGCAGACCACUAAUUUCAGAAAGACAUUUACUGGGUGCUUUCCAGUGUACAGACCACUCAUUUCGGAAAGUCAUCCUGCCUGCAUCAGUUAGCUAUUUUCAGGUUAGCGCCAUGAUUUAGGAUAUGAGUGACUUUGUGUCUAGUUUCACCGUUCUGUGCUUUUGUGAGGUUCAUGCCAGUUUAUGAUGACAUUCACCAUGAUCCUAUUCAGGGCACUUGCAUAUCAAUCUCCAUACCAUUUCGGUUGACCGUCCAUUAGUCACUUAGCGCGGGCCAUGACUGGUUAAACAUCACUAGGGAAAGAGGGAGUGAGGGAGAAGAACGAGUGGUGGCUUGGGACUGGAGAGACAGAGAGAAAUGGAACAUGAGCAUGACAAAAAGAGAGAGGCAGGAGCUAGUUUUACAUGCAUUUUCUGGUGACAGGCUCAGCCAAUCAAAUAGUGAUUGUAUAGGCACAUAAGCGAAUCAAGCACAAAUGCAUGGGCUUCUGAAUGGUCCAGUAGAGUGUCGCGGAGAGAAUCACGUGAGUCAACCAUUAACCAUUAGCCAUUAUGGGCAACAGAAGCACAUUUAAAUCAACAGCGACAUCCAGAAACUAAGCCUUAGGGGGGGGGGGAAUAAGAACACACAAGCAUUUAAAUGAAAGCCAAAAGUAAAAAAUACAAAAAAACUCACCAUAAUGCUUUCCAAAUACUAUGACCAGUCUUUGAAUAGUAUGACCACUACUGAAUUCUUAUGUGUCAUAGUUAAUUAGUGUCAUGUAAAUCAAAGAAAUAUCUGUAUGUAAAGAAGCUAGGCAGCCAUUUUGUUUCCCACCCAGGCACUGGGGGUUUCAACACAACUUCUCCGUAUUUCAGUGCCACGCUGUGUGUGAUAUCUUGCCAACUCGUUGUCAGCCAUGACCUAGAGUGGGAAGGCUAAUGCAGACCUGGAACGAGGCUGCCUUUGUCCCCUCUGUCUGUCUGUCCCUCUGUCACAGCCCUCAAAGCCCUGACCAGCUGCACUCACACUGCGAAUGGAAACCAUUGAUUGUACAACACACUACUGAAAGAUGUUUGUUGGUUGUGUGGUUUACAGAGGCUUGCAUUACUAAGUGUCUGAGUACUGUAAUCGUGUGUGCGCGUGCAUGCGUGUGUGUUUGUGUACUGUUUUCUUACAAGACUGACAACAUGGGAAAUGGGUCUGGCAAAUUCCGGAAAUUUGUCCUUUCCUUAAUUCCUGCAAGUACAGUACCUAACAUCUACAAGUAAUUGUAAGUACACAACCUUCAAUGUAAAGCUGUAUUUAAAAAGCGUCACAGGUGUCUAAAUAGCAUUGCAACAUGCCUUUCCAAAGCACCUCACUACUAUUUCUGCAGCACUGCCAAACUUUUGUAAAUGCAUGUGCAACAAUAACUUUUCAUGUACAAAAAAAAUAAUCUGUUUUUCAAUACCUGUUGCGCACGAAACCUACAAAAAAAUGUAACAUGAUAAAAACAUGGAAUGAAUGCUACAGCGUUGUCAAAAUGCCUUAAAACACCAGCAGCUUUCUGAUUGACUCUGGCUGCAGCAAAUCCCAACUUCCACUUCAAUUGAAAUUCCACUUAAUCUCCCAUAGCCAAGAACGCAAAUGGGAAUGUGACUUAAGUUGAAGUGAAUUUGCUCUUAUAUCUGUGCCCGCGUAUGGUUCUGUUAAGGAUGUGUUUCUUCCCAUCGAUCUUUCUCUGUCUAGUGUUAUAAGCAACAACUAAACCGAAUAAGUGAAAAUAAAGAAAGCUAAGUAUCUGAAUGUAGUUUAUAUACUAUUGCCCUUGCUGCGGGUGUAUGGCACAUGCUAAUAAAAACUUGAAAUUAUUAAGCCCA